AUGGAAUUAUCAGUUUCUGACAAGGACAAGAGCAUCCUGCUUGAGAAGAAGAAUGUGCUAAACCCAAAUGUUCUUGAUAAAUAUAGACUGGCAGGCCAAAUCACUCAAACUUGUCUUGCUUACUUGACUGAGCUCAUCAACGACUCGUACCAUCUUGGGAAGCAUGAACCUUAUUCUAUCGCCGAACUUUGUCUGCUUGGAGACUCACACAUGAAAGUUGCGCUUGAUAACGCAUACAAGAACCAGGUUAGGGAAAAGGGUAUUGCUCAGCCCGUCACUAUCGACGUGAACGAUGUCGUUGUUGGAUAUUCACCUGAAGUUGACGACGAGACAAACUUUAAAUUCAAAGCUGGAGACAUUGUUACCAUCAACCUCGGCUGUCACAUUGAUGGAUACACCUCUAACCUGUCGCACACACUGGUGAUAUACCCUCCAGGAGCUUCUGUGGGCCCCCUGCUUGGCUCCAGUGCAGACGCAAUCUGUGCUUCCUAUAUUGCAUCUGAAACCGUGAUCGCUUUACUUGCAUUGUCCCUGACACCAGAGAAGAUUCCUCAGUCUUUGGCUGAUGGCUCGGGAUUGAUCAGAGGAUCCACCAUCAGACAGAUUGUGGACUCCAUUGCCGAGAGUUUCAACUGCGUGGUUGUGCCAACGUCCAAAGUUAGAAGGAUAAGGCGGUUCCUCGCGGGUCAGGCAGAAGGAAUCGUUGCUGAGAGGGAUUUCAAAGGUGUUGUUUGGUCGGAGGCUGAUCAAGAGCUCAGGCUGUUGAAAAAAUCGCCAAAGUACAAUGGUAGUCAAGAGCUCGCUACUUACGACAAGACCAAGAGUGCCAGGGUGACAGCUUCAUCUGCAGUUCCAACCGACGACUUUGUUGUGUCUCCUGGCGAAGUUUACACAGUCGACAUCAAGAUGGCACCUUUGCAGGAAACCGAAGGACCUGGUUUGAUCACUCUGCAGGCCGUUGAUAAUGUGACUGGUGCAAAUCACUCUAAGGAAGCCUUCAGACCUAGACCCAGUAUAUUUGUGCGAGACGUUGCCAUUUCACACCAAUUGAAACUGAAAACCUCAAGGAAGCUGCUCUCGACCGUUGACAAUAAGUUGUCUGUCUACCCCUUCAAACUCGCGCAUUUGACAUCUGGCUUCCCAUUUGACCUUUCGGGAGACAUUGAGCAGCAACUCAGAUCCAUUCAGCAGGAAAUCAAGCCAGCUCGGUUGGGACUUGUAGAGCUCGUUAAUAGACACCUUGUUGUCGCAAAGCCUAUUCUGAGGGCCAGGUUUGUGCCUCUGCAGGUUAUCUUGAAUGCUUCAACUUCCACUGGUGUCAAUGGAUACGACGCGGAAAAUCCUGUUUUGCCGGGCCUGGAGCUGCCGCUGCCCAGACUGGGUCUCACCUCUUUGAAGCUGAAAUCGUUGCUGAAAGCCUCAAAGGAAAUUCCUGUUGCUCGUGAACUGUCCACUGUUGUUUUGAAUGGAGACAACAAUGAAUUGAUACGCUUGAGUGGUGGCCUUUCGACCUCGAAACCAAGCUGGGUGCACUCUAAAUUCCAACUUUCUGGAGCUGUAGCACAGAGCGUGAACGAUCUUGUGCAAUUGACGCAGGACCAGAGAUUUGGACUGAAAAUCAAGGAAUGUCAGCCAAUGAAAAGCAGUAAUUAG